GCCCGUAUGAGAGGGCUGCUUGCUGUCUCUGGACCGCACUAACCUCAGCUAUGGCGUUCUGAUUUGCUGUGUUGCUUUGUGCUGUCGCGUUACGCUGCAAUGUAACGCCGCGCUGUGCUGGUGGGCCUCGUUCUACCGCGUGCCUCGCUCUGUGCUGGUCCGCCAUAGUUUGAUUCUGGCGCAACUAGACCAGGCACGCAUGGUCAGAGAGGAGGAGCACAACCGACUUCUAGGAUCAAGCACACUCGCUCGGGAUGUAGGAGCCUAUUUUCCCAUUACAGUUCGCUAUACGGUGCUCAGCCCUUAUCUUUGUUCUAUGCUGAGAUCAGCGAGCGCGCUUACUAGUUUUUUCCUCGCUCUAUUUCCAAUAUAAGAACGCGCAAACGGAAAUUAUUCACGCUCCUAGCGCCGGUCUGGAAAUGGAGAGUAUUUUUUAGAAUUCUAAAAAAUAGUCUGGUUUUGAGGCGCCUCAAAACAAAAUAGUCUGGAAAUGGAGAACGUGCAACCGGAAAUUAUUUACAGGAUCGCGCAUGCGACGGGAUCGCCUGCACGAACGAUCUCAAGACUCGCCUGCUCCUGUCGCAGCCUAGAAAGUCUGUGUCGCAGAGAGCUCUGGCCCCGUUACUGUCACGAGCGGCUGCUUAUGUCGGAUUUCUGGGAGGGUCUUGAAACGAGUACAAGAGAUGGCCUUAUUCGCCGGUCACAUGAAGAUUUCGGGCUUACCCCGAAAAUUUUGAUAUACUGCCCGGGAUUCGUGGACAUCCCGUGCCAUUUUCUCGACCUGGGGGUUGGCGAGAUUCUAGACGAAGUGGUUCGGUUAUACGAUCACGCCGUUAUACUCAGCCCCGAUGUAGGAACGGACAGGGGAGCGACGGAAAGGUCCCCUCGAGCGGCAGGAAUUGUGGCCCUACCGUGGCGGGACACGUGGCGCAUUGUUAGUGGCCUGAUGAGGAUGUUAUCUCCAGGAUGCGGGGCGAGUCUGGGUGACGACCUUAUAACGCGUACGGGCUCUACUACUGCUAGUGCUAGUACUUCUACUAGUAACGGGAGCAACCAUACCGUGGGACGGCCGCGAGAUUUCAGGCGGCACUGUAGGCGAAUGGGCGUGACCUGCCACGUGGACGAGCAGUCCUCCUUCUCCCGAGCCGCGCUGCUGAGAAUCGUUCCGCUGGUUGACCCCGAAAGCGCGUCGUUCGUGGUGGCGGAAAGGCGCAGCCACUUCCACCUCACCUUCAUGGUGCUAAGGGGAUUCAUCGCGGAUUUUGCCUCGUCUGGCGUGCACUCGGUGCUGGUAAAUGGCUCCGAGCCUCUGGAGGGCGAUAUCUGCCCCUUCUGCCCUGCCCAGAUAUGGGAUGCUCAGCCUGUGCUGAGCAGUAACAUAUGCGACACUCUGGAGUGUAUACUUGCAAGAGUUACAAUCUGCCGAAAUGGCCAUAUCUUUGGAUUAUAUCGCCGAUGAAAUCAAAUCAUGUCUAUUACCAUCAGAGAAAUCGUGGGGAUUGUGGAAUUAAGCCUGAUGGGUCAUCACAUGCAGCAAAGCGCUGGUUCUCCCCUGCCCUCCUGUUGUCCUCCAACAACAGCAAGUGCCUCUCAAACAACAAGUGGGCUGUGUUCCUCACUCCUAUCAUGAUGAAAUGAGACUAUGUUAGAGACGGUAUGGUAGGGGAAAGGAUGCCGAUUCAAUUCUUCUCGUAAUGUACCAUACCACUGUGCCAGAUUGGUAGUGCGCUAUGUGCAAUAUUUUCUAUGGGCCAGAAUGCUAU